UAAAGCAGUGUGCCGUAUUGCGGUUGGUUGUUGUGAGGAGCUGACCUGGCAGAAGGAUGUGGAUAUUUAACUUUUAUUCUCUGGCGUUUUUGUCAGUCUUUUUGGGACAGUAUAACACAUUUGCCCUUCAGGAUGUAACGACCGACCUUUUCGGUUCUGCAAACUAUGGGAUGGUGGCAGCGUUUGGGGAUUUUAACUCGGAUAAACAGACCGACAUCUUCGUUAUCAGAGAACAGUCUGAAGUGGUGAUAUUCUUGGCUGAUUCAAAAUCCCCUUACUUCAAGCCGAAAGUAAACAUCAGUAAGCACAUUUUUCCAAGCAACACCGUCGUCACCAGUGUGGUUCCUGGAGAUUAUGAUGGAGACUCUCAGAUGGACGUCCUUAUUACAGCUCAGAUCAACUCCAAGAGCGAAACUAUUUUUGUCUUCUGGGGGAACAACCAGACAUUAGAUAUGGAUGGGUGGCUCAAGCUGAACAAGACUUUCUCAGAUCAGCCUCUUGUUAUGGAUUUCAAUGGAGACAUGAUUCCAGAUGUUUUCGGAGUUACCAACCCACCCUUCACUGAAGUCUGUUAUCUCACGAACAGGAUUGUAGUGUGGAAGAAUGCACUGAGUUCAGCUCAGCACAUCCGCAUGCGCAUCCCUCACUCUAAUGCUUUCAUUGACCUCAACAAGGACUUCACUGCUGAUUUGUUCCUGACAACUGAAGACUUCAUGUUUGAGACCUGGAUCAACAAGGAUGGAAACUUCACCAGAGCUGAGGUCUUGUCAAAGCCAGGAGCCAAGGCUGUCGGACAUUCCUCCUUUGUCGAUUUUGAUGGUGAUGGCUACCAGGACCACCUCCUCCCUGCAUGUUUGGAUGAAAGCUGUCAACACAGUGCCAUCUACCUAGCCAAGUCAGGCUCAAAAGAGUGGGUAGAAAUCCUGUCAGAUUUCCAGCAGAGGGAAACUGUUUGGAGCUUUGUGCCAGGAAAACCCAGCCAACCACUGGCCCUGCACCUCGGGGACUAUAACCUGGAUGGCUUCCCUGAUGCCCUAGUGGUCCUUCGCAACACCAGUGGCAGCAAUCAGCAGGCCUUCUUAUUGGAGAAUGUACCAUGUAAAAACCCAAGCUCAAGCUGCCACAAGGUAGGACGAAUGUUCCACAUCCACUGGGACCAAUCAGAUUUGGGAGCUAUCCAAAAUGCCACCAUGGCCACAUUCUUUGACAUCUAUGAGGAUGGUAUAUUAGACAUGCUGGUUCUGAGCCAGGCAGAGGGCAAAAAAGACUUGAUCAUCCAUGCCUUGAAAAACAAUUUUGAAGCCGAUGCCUACUUUGUUAAAGUGAUGGUGCUCAGCGGCCUCUGCUCUAAUGACUGCCCAGAAGAUGUCAAGCCUUUUGGUGUGAACCAGCCUGGUCCCUAUGUCAUGUACACCACAUUGGAUUCCAAUGGCUACCUGAAAAACGCCUCAGCUGGCCAGUUGAGUCAGUCAGCCCAUUUCUCCCUUCAGCUGCCCUACACUGUCCUGGGCCUUGGACGAAGCGCGAACUUCCUCGACCACCUUUUUGUUGGCAUCCCCCGCCAGCCUGGAGAGACGGGAAUAAGGAAGCAGGAGUGGACAGCCAUCAUUCCCAACUCUCAGCUCAUUGUCAUGCCCUUCCCACACAAUAAGCCUCGCAGUUGGAGUGCUAAGUUGUACCUUACUCCAAGCAACAGUGUGUUGCUGACGGCCAUUGCACUGAUCGGAGUCUGUGUCUUCAUCCUCGUCAUUAUUGGCAUCCUACACUGGCAAGAGAAGAAAGCUGAUGACCGAGAGAAGAGGCAAGAAGCCCACCGUUUCCAUUUUGAUGCCAUGUGAAGGAAGAGAAGUGCAUCAGAGGAGAACAUCCUUUCCCGUCCUCCUCCACCUGCCCCUCAGCCAACCACCCUUUACCCUUCACACAUUUUCUGUCAGCGUCAUUUCAGGGGCCAAUAUGUGGAUCCUUGCUUGCCCCAAAACACUUCUUUUUGAUAUUUGCUAGUCCUCAAGGCAGAUGUGAAAUAUUUAUGUUCCAUUUCAUUUAUUCAUUCCAGUGUAAAAAGUACAGAUUUUUUUUUUUUUUUUUUUGACAAAGUGACACAGAUUCCUGUUGAAAUGUCCUACAAGUUACUCCUAUAUUUUAAGCAGUUUAGAGUUAUUCUCUGGAAGGUACCUUUGUAUGUACCUUUGACAUCAAAUGUUGAUAUGUGUAAAGUUACUUGAAAUCCAUGUGUGUGUCACUGUCCAUUGUCAUUGUACAAUUUAUCCACCCCUUGCUUUUUCAGUGAGAUGAAACAGAAUCUCAUUGUUUGAAAUUGAUCUCACCCUUGAAGCUGCAGCAGCAACUGGUAGGAAGUGAACAAUAACAGUCACAUGCAAUGUAACAAUGCUGUGGAACAUUUUUCUUCUUCAAGUAUCACCAAGAAAUGAUGAAUGGCCUUCAGGUCUGCUGAUAGCAAAUUCAUCAUUUUCUGAGCUGAUUGUAAAAAUAUGUUGCAUCCAGUAAAUGUCUAAUGCUACUGUAUCAAGUCCUGGCAAAUAGUCUAAAACCUGCUGAAUAAAGCACAAUUUGCUCCAACUUGUUUUAGUUGUCAGGCGCUUUGGUGCAUCCAGAUAUUUAUUUUGAAGAAUGAGGUAAUGCCUUACCAUGCACUGUUUAAACUAAUGAUUAGACUAACUGCGAGUGUGUGUGAUUUAUUUUAUUUUGUUGAUUUGGCUUUCAAAUGAAUGUUCAAGCUGUAAAUGUGUUUAUUUACUGAAGUUGAAAAUAAAGGUUUCCUUUGCUUAAGUCAACUCUAAGUUGAUUUACGCCA